UGACGUUACCUACCGCAAACUUGUGAAAGCUCUGCUAAUUUUAUCGGCAUUAUUAUUUCGAUGAAUUGAAUUAAAUUUACUAACUAAAAACUAUAAAUAUGUGGCAACAGACUCAGAAGUAGCAAGUUCUUGAAAUGGCGCAGAAGGCGCAGGUGCCCGAGCUGAGAUGCUUGGAGCCGGAGAACUACCGCAAGUUCUUCAGGGCGCUUUGUUGGACCACCGCCAGAAAAUAUGACAAGAAAAUAUCUAAAAGACUUGGCAAGAAGGAGAAGCUUCGACGACAGAGGUUGGCCGCCAUCACGCCCAUGUGCCACGCCCCAGCUCUGCUCGGCAACCCCUCACACUUCGCCGUGUUCGCCACCAUACGACGCUCCAUCCUCUCCCGAUGGCGCCAUCUCCAGGGCACCACUGUCGAGUUCUCCGAUGACAGUGACAGUGAGGAUUCAGCGGCACAGAUACCCUUGUCCAAACUGCCAAAGGUGACUGGCAUAGGUUUGAGAACCAUCUUUGCUCUCAUAUCCCAGGCCAGGGUGACAGAGCCGCUGUGCGAGGCCGCGUUGAGAGCCCUGCUCGACGUGCUGCAGGGGCUCGCGGCGGAGGAGCUGGCCCAGGAGCCCAAAGAGAUAAUAUCAAGCCUAAUGUCGAUGCUGGUUGACGUGUCGAGCGGCAGCGGGGCGGGCGGCGUCGCUCAGCCGGCGUCGCUGACCGCGCUCGGCUGCUCGUGUCUGCUGGCGUUGGCCGUGGCCCGCGGCGAGGCCGAGCUGAUCCUCGCUGCGGUCGCCGAACUCAGCAUGUGCGACAACGUGCUGCACAACAUGAAUGUAAUGGUCCCCUCAAACCUGACGAAACUCCAACGCAGCGUACAAUCCGUCAUCUUAGGCAAACCAUCUCGAAACCAGUGGCUGAACUUUGGCGUCCCCCACCAAUCCCUCGUGUCCAGCUUCCCCGUCGACCUCCCCCCCCUCAUCACCGCCGGGGCAGGGGAACUGGUCGUCAGGUCGUUGACCUCCGACGGCUGUUACCUAUACGUGUUUACCUCUAAAGGCCUCCUGAAGAUAGGGUCGGGAUACGGUAGCUCGAUUAGGCAACACGUUUAUGUGUACAAACCUGACUUUUUCCCUACGGAGCGGCAUGGAUGGCUUGGGUAUUGUAAGAAUAAACUGUACGUCAGAAUCGGGAGGAAAAAGACAGAGGUGUACGAAGUAGACGCAGAGACUUUGGAAAUAAAAGGGCUGUUGAAGUUGGACGGCGGUUCGAGCGCGCACAUGCGCGUCGAUAACAAGUGCGCGGUGUUCUGUGACGGGCAGAGCCUCGGGUUGCUACUGCAUACAAGCUAUGAUACAAUGCUAGUGCGUAUGUUCGACGUGGACCGCCCCCGAACUGAAGGGUCGCCGACCCCGAUGAACGACUACCGCGAGAUAUCUGUGCAUUUGCUGCGGAGACACGUGCUCAUCUUCGGAAGGACACCGUUCGAAGACGGGUUCUCACGGAGAAGUAUGGAGCCAGAUGCGCCUGUAGCAGUUCAGAUGGAAGACGAUGAAGAUGACCCACUGAUGGGCAUCUGUGCUGGGCAGGACUUCUGUCUACUCAACACCAUUACUGGCAGAGUAUAUUACACAGGCAAGGGUGCAAGCUUGGGAUACAAAACUGCGUCUCCGGUCACCAACAGGUGGACGCUGAUGAAGGAGACUGUGUUUACCAAGAACGACUUACCCAAUCUCAAGAAAGGAAGGGUCAUGCAGGUGGCGGUAGGCCAUGAGGGUGUCCACGCUAUCCUGGUCAUGGAUAACGGGGUGGCUCUGUUCGCGGGGGUAGCGCGGCGGGGGGAGGACGGCGACAUCAGCAAACACCGCCGCAACCCUAAACCUACCAGGCCUAAGAGGAUAUUGAAGGCUGAAGGUCACCACAUAAUCUUCGCCGCCUGCAACAACGGCUCGACAGCUCUGGUGACGAAGCAAGGCCUGCUUCUGAUGUUCGGGAAGGACAACCAGCACAGCGACUCCUCUGGCGUCGUCACCGCCUUGAGACAUGAGCGGGUCUCCUCGGUCGCGUUGGGCAAAGCGCACGCAGUCGUGUUGACGCACUUCGGGCUGGUGUACACAUUCGGCAUCAACAAUAAGGGCCAGUGCGGCAGAGAGUUCGGAUACACGAAAGAGAAAUCGUACGGGCGUCGCCCCAGCGCGAACAAAGAGGACAGCCGGCUGUGUUCGCGGCACACCUGGUCCACAGACCACUGCCGCAUCUGCGUCGUCUGCCGCGAGUGCUCCGGCUUCUCCAGCUCGUGUCACCUGGCGCAGAUGCCCGACAGGAUGCCUGGAGCGAAAUGUGGAUGUGGUGAAGGCGACAGCGGUUGUAGUACUUGCGGAGUCUGCCGGCGUUGUGUUGAGGCCUUCUCCGCCACUUCGCGCCCCGAACCCACCACAGACCUGGACGACGAUCCCGCGCCCAUCACCGACCCCACUAGCGACAAAGAAAAUGUCCGCUAUCAACACUUCGAAACCGCCGCCAGUUCGGAAGCUGAGCGGGAGUGGAACGUGUGCGUGACGUCGCUGCCCCCCGCCAGGGUGGCUGUCCCCGGGGCCCACCGGGUGUCCGCCAUCGCCGCAGGGCUCCACCACACCGUGCUGCUCACCGAACAUGGGGAGGUGCUAACAUUCGGCUCCAACCAAUACGGGCAGCUGGGCGCGGGCGACAUCGCGGCCCACCACAAGAUAGUGCGGGUUCGAAUCCCGCGCUGCGUCGCCAUCGCGUGCGGCAGCAACCACACCGUCACCCUCACCAGAGACGGGGAGGUGUUCACUUUCGGGAACUACCAGAAAGGGGCUUUAGGCCGCCCUCGAAUCGAAGAAACGACUCGUACUGAGAGGGCGCCCUUGUGGUACGCGACCCCGGGCCGCAUCCCGCGCAUGGGCCCGCGUCACACCACCAAGGGCGUCAUCAUACUGGCCUCCGGUGACCAGACCUUCGUUCAGGUCUCCCAGUCGGUGAUAAAGCCCGAGUUCCUGUUCAGUUCUACUAUCAUGGCGAAUAGUAAUAGCAUAGUGAUCCUGCCAAACCGUCCAGAGCAUACGUUCAAAUGCAUAACCGUGAACCGGAACGACGCGUCCUGCCAAUCGUGGACGGGGCCCGAACAGGUCGACUUCGUCAACACCCUGGCCUGCCUCGACCCCCUAUACGACGUGCUGUGGUGCUACCAGCCGCAGAUGAGGGUCAUGAAGUGCUACAACAUUCUCACUUACGACUCCUCGAAAAACCAGCGCUGCUGUUCCAACACUAUAGACCCGUAUUCGGCCGAUGCCGACUACGAAUACCCGAACUACGGAGCUAUGAAACGUUUGGAGGACUUCAAGAACUUGGACACGAUAGAUUUGAAGUCGGGGAGCGAUGAGGGGUUGAACGAUAAUGUCGCGUUGGUUAAUAUGUCGGUGUUGAACCAGGAGCUGGCUAUUCCGUCUGCGCCUGGGCAUUCGGUCACGAGGAUGCAUGCCGCCUUGCAUUUGCUGGGGUGUCUGGACUCGCUGACUUACGCGCACGAUGCUAAAUUGAACCAGCCGGAUUCGAGGCGGGAACACCACUCAUCCCCAAUAGCUCCCCUCAAAGAGGAGUUCCAGACUGUCAACCGGUUCGAGAGUCACGGCGGCGGGUGGGGGUACUCGGGCCACUCAGUGGAAGCUAUACGUUUCAUGUGCGACACUGAUAUUUCACUGGGUGGUUUCGGCAUAUUCGGCGGUCGCGGCGACUACACCGCCAAGAUAAAGCUGUUCGACAUCGGGCCUGACGGGGGGGACCAAGAGGGGGACGGGGAGCUGUUGGCCGAGAGCGAAGAGGUCAUGUUCGAGUGCGCACCGCGAGAUCGCUUCCCCGUGCUGUUUCCGCAACCUGUCACUAUUGCGGCCAACCGCUGGUACGUGGCGUGGGCCUGCGUGAACGGCCCGUCGUCAGACUGCGGCUCGUCGGGCCAGGCCAUGGUCAUCAACGACGACGUCGGUUUCCACUUCAAGACCUCCAAGAAGUCAAACAACGGCACCGACGUCAACGCCGGACAAAUUCCCUGCAUCUUGUAUAACACUCUAGGGCCAGACCACGCAAUGGCCGUCCGAUGCCUCGACAUAGGCGACCCAGUCAGCCCUCUAACCAAAAACCUGUCCAGAAAAGUCACCGUCCAAUGCUUCAAAUCUCUCAUAACGCUACUCCAAGGGAGUUGGAAGGCUUUCAAAGAGAUUCUAUUGGAAACGAACGGCCAAGUCCCUAUAACGUUCCAGAAACUGACGACCAUGAAACAUCAGAAGCGUUUAGUUUACGUCAUACGCGCGAGUCUGCGUUUAGUCAAGUCUUACAUAAUAGAAAUCUACCCGCAACAGAAUAAGAAGCGAAAUUCUCGCGAAUACAUGUCGUAUUUCGAAGCUAUAGGGGAAGUGAGGAAUUUCAUUCAGGGGAUGAUGGGGGAACUGACUCCGACGUGUGCGAUGUUGCCGAAGAAACCAGGAAAGAGUAAACAUAGAGUGUGCUAUGUCCAGUUUGCAUUGGAAAUGACUACUGCGGUGUUGAAGGAGGCCCAUGAUACGAUAACGUCGUGUUUUCACGCGUUUUUUCCGACGCCCACUUUGAAAUGGGCGCACCUGUGCUCGCUACUGUAUUAUGUUUCGGACGGCGCAGUGCCGUGCCAAUUCGUUCGCGAACUGAGCGCAGUGUGCACGGCGUUAUGUUCGGCGCGCAGUUUGCGAGACGUCUUGCAUUACGUAGUUCCUGUGACACAGAGCUACCUGAACCAGACUCGACAGGAGCUGAGACGCAGCUACACAGACUGGCAUCUGCUGGACGUGAUACCUAAACUUCUAGACAUCGUGUUGAUGCCGAUCAAGGACCAGAUGAUGACGCGACAGUGCGGCCAGCCCCACGACCACGGGGAGGUGGCGCUGCAGCAGAGGUUAGCCGCCAGCUGCUGCAAGCUGGUGGCCAGGGCGCUGGCCGAGUUGGCCGUCAGGGCUACUGACGUCAAGGAGGACCAAGACUCGCACAUAAUCAAACACCUAUUAACCCCAUCUCGCUUCAUGCGGGUGAACCAAACCAGAGUGUGGAACCCCGGAAACGGAAGCCCGGACGCGGUGUGCUUCUCCGUGGAUCGACCUGGCGUGGUACUCGUCGGCGCUUGCGUGUACAGCGGGCUCGGCAACUACGACUACGAGCUCGAGCUACUGCAGGACAUUACCCUCCGAGCAACAUCAGAAGAAUCUGAUCCUGGACAUUGCUGGGUGAGCGUGGAGGUCACGCAAGGCCAGUUCAAGUCCUCGGACGGACAACACGACAUCGUGCAGAUCAAGUUCCAAAGACCCGUCGCUCUCAAGGAAGACGUCCGUUACGCUAUCCGUCUCUGCAACCAAGGCGGUCGCACGGCUAGCGGGGACUGCGGGUUGCCGUCCGUCAAGGGGCCGGACGGCACUACGUUCAGGUUCUCGUCCUGCUCCCUCAGCUUCAACGGCACCACGAUGGGCCGCGGGCAGAUACCCAGCCUCAUUUACUAUGGUACAAACAAAUCGCCGAACUCCUUUGAAAGUCCAGACGCGUUGAUCUCUGCCCUUCGCUCCAUCACGCUCCGCGUGGCGUCCACCGUGAUAGAGCGCGGGGUCGAACUGUUCAGUUCCUUGAGGAACGAACUCACGGCCGAAGACUUGCGAAGGAAUUCCGGAGUGUUGCAGCAAUCGCCUGCCAUCAACAUUUUAUUGCCGUACACGAUAGCCAGCUUAGAAGCUUUGGAUGAUUCUAAAAGCGUAAUAAAAAUCUUGGACAUGGUUCACAAAUUGUUACCCCACGUGUCGGCCAUGAACCUGCUGCUCCCAUCUCCCGAGGACUUGGGGACUACUACUGCCCACUACUACACGUGGGUGGAGAGCGACCAUCCUUACAAACCGGCUUCUAUUAGCAAUUUGCGAGUGUUAUUCCCAACGAGUGUAUCGUGGGUGGUCCUUGAGAUGGACCCCAGAUCGAUCACAGCGCAGCCCGAGGACUCCCUGACGGUGUUCGCGUGCGGGGGCGUGCCCAGGACCAAGUGUGUCCACCACGACAUGAGAAUCCUGGAGCCGCCCUUCAAAAAGCGCCUGGUCCAAGCGUCGUCGGAAAGCGGCGACCUGGAGGAAGUGGUCGACGAGGGUGAAUCUGAAAUACCGUGCAUGCACUACAACUGUGCUUACUACAGCGUCACGCCGAAACUCGCCAAUGUUCCCACGGACUGGCCGCAGAAGGCGCUGGUCGUGCCGGGGAACGAAGUCAUAUUCUCACUGGAAACAGCUUCGGACUACUUGAACGAAUACAACAAAUCUGACAACGAAGACAACCACUACGGCUUCCGCUGCCUGUGCGUGGGAUACGAGGACGCGCCGUUCACGGUCCAGCGUCAAGGGCUGGGCGCCCUGGAGAUGGAGCUGGUGUACGCCGGAGCUGGCUGCGCCGCGCGGCUCCUCUCGCCUGACCUCGACAUGCCUCCCCUUAGCUUUGCUACAUUAGUGGAGAUCCAGAUCCUCGCCAUGAUGGGGUCGAGCCCCGUGGGCGGGGAGGCGGAGCACCAACAAGACAACAGCGAAGCCCUAAUGCUGUCUAGAGGGUUGGAGAUCACGUCUCCACCAACCAUACACCAAGUUUUGGACGGUCAACCGCUGUUGAGAUGCAUUACGACCGAGCGGCAGUUCCUAUCGGAUUUCGUAGGGGGGGCGGAGAGUACUGCUGGUGGCCGUUUGGCCACCUGGCUGGCCCCGGUGUCCCAUGUGGCCCCCUCCCGCUGCGAAAUGAAGCCGCCCAGCAUCCCACCCCGCCCUUCAGUCCGCGCUACCCUCCCAGUCUUGAUACGAGACCAGUAUGGGGAGGCGGUGGCCAGCCCGACCCUCAAGGUUGAGGUUGUCGUCCAGCGGUUGGAGGAGAGUUCCGCUCGCCUCAGCCGCUCGGAGAGCCGGCGCGGGAGUCUUCCCGACGUCGCCUACCAGCCCGCAGUGAGGGACACCAUGUGUUUCCAAGCUAUUACAGUUCAGAAGGCGUACCAGAACUAUUCGUUCGAAGAACUGCGUUACCUGAGUGGUCAGUGGGGAGGGACGUGCGGUGGGGCACUGGCGGCGAGUGGCCGGGUGCCCACGGAGCGGCUGCCCGUGAAAGCCCAGUCCGACGGUUCGUACAUCGCUUCGUGGACACCCCGCGCCGCAGGCCUGUACUUGUUCAGGUGCACCUUGGACGAUCACCCCGCGCCACAGGAGCUGACAGUAGAAGUGCAGGAGAGCUCUCUGGAAGGUCCCAUAGAGUGCGCAGCUCCGCCAGUCGCGUCCGUGAUCCCGCCCCCCGCGCCGAAGCUUCUCCGCUUCGCAGCCAAGCACACCGCCGGCUUGCGCGUGAGGGCCAGCCCCAGUCUGCAAGCAGAAGAGCUAGGGAAAGUCCCACCAGGGGCCAUCAUUUCUUUCAUAGAAGAGGUGGUGAACAAAGACGGCUCAUGGGUCCGCCUGACGAGCCAGUCAGCACGCGCUCUCACCGACCACGAGAGCGCGUGGUGCCUCCAACAUCAUCGGCACACCGACCGCGUUCUGUUGUCGGCAGAGAUGUCGGAAGACGGCGACGUGUGGACCGGCCACGACGUUCACACAGACAUGGCCACUUGGAAUGAGGACGAAGUGGACGUCGGCUCUAGCGACCUCACGUGCCUUGACGACCAAAGGUUCCCCUUCUCUGUACUAUCGGACUUGACUAAUGAGUGCGACAGGGCGAGCGCGGCCAGCCCAUUCCUGUUCGGCACGGAGCCGUGCAAGCGAGACCGCAUGCUUCGCAACGAGCCCUCCACCUCACCCAGACGUAUUCAUCGACGCAGUAACGGCAACAGUGAUGAGUGGUGGUCGCCGGCGCACCUGCGCUCGGACAAUCCGAGGGACGUCGAUACUAUACCGGAGACGGAAAUAGAACCCGAAGCCCCGGAGCCCGUAGAGCCGACGGAGUCCCCGGCGCGCAGAGCGGGGCUGGAGGCCGGCACUCAGACCUCGCCGGAGCCCGCGCCUGAACCCGCGCCCCGCGCCUUGCUGCCCGCUAAGGAUGGCAGCUUAAGCCCAAAAAGCUUGGCUCGUUCUCGCAUCGCUCACCGCUCGUUGCCGUACCGCCGUUCGACUUCCCCGCCCCCCAUCCCCGCGCGUACCGCCCCUGCCCCGCCCCCGCCCAAGAAACACGCCCUCAGCCCCGCCCAGGCCGAAUGCUUGAGGGCGAUAUUUGCUGCUUUGUUGUGGCAUGAAGGAAUUGUCCACGACGCAAUAGCUUGCGCGGCAUUUCUCAAGUUCCACCCUCAGCUGCCGAAGCAAGGCGCUAGGGUUGUCACUCGAGGAUCUCACGACCUCUCCACUCCCAGACUUCAGAGGCACUCUGUUGAAGUCUCCAACGCUGGUCAAUAUCUCCGCAUCAACGAGGCUACUCUGGAGUCGCUGACCCGCUCUGGGGCAGAAGCGAGCGCCAGCCGAGCGCGAACCCACGACAUGGCCACCACCAUCAGCGGGGAGCUCAGCCCACAACCCGGCUUCAGUGGCUCUUCCCCGUCGGUGGUGAACGUAUUGCCGCCAGCGUUACGCGCACUCGUAGCGUUAUGGGACGCCAUGUUUGACGCCGACCAGCUAACCGCCGCCACAGAUAAAUUGAAAAAAGAAGAAACAGAGAAGAGUGAAAAUGAUGAGUCGCGCGCAUACAGCGGGAUUCGUAAAAAACGAGAUUGGAAAGUGUACAAGACGCCAUAUUCAGGGUGUAUUAUAUCAGUGCGUUGUGAGCUGUGCGGCAACGGCGUGCCGCCGCCCCUCGCGGCGCACAUGCGCAAUGCGCACGUGGGCUGCCGAUUGCCGACCACUUGCGGGUACGACCGCUCAGGCACCUACAAGCGGAUAGAAAACGCGGACGGAGCCGCGUGCGGGCAGUUGGCGCAGGCUCACCAACUCUGGUACAUCUACUGUGAGAAAUGCCGGGACAAAUCAUUGAAGGCGUCGUCGGCUUUCAAGCAGAGCAAGACGAAGACUGUGGAGGGGCGCGGGGAGGAGGGGGCCAUCACUCCGGACGUGGACCACCACACUAUGAGGGAUAACGCUGUGUUCCUCUUGGAUUUAGCGCCAAUCAACUACUCAGAAUCAGUGAGCACGUCGCCAUGGCACGAGGCGCCGGGGCGCAGUCCCCCGACGCCCCCCGGGAGCGUGUGGCAGCCGGCGCCCCCGUUCCAGUGUCUGCAGGCGCUCGGGGCCGCCCCCAAGCCCCAGGCCGAGGCUGCGAGGUACCACUCGCUGGGUAGGCCCCCGACCGUCGCUGCAGCUUCGCCGGCCCCGUUAGCCUCAUCUAUGACUGCGGGGUCGACCUUGCCCCGCGUGCACCGCUCCGUGUCCAUGGGCCAGGAAAGUGGGCGGGACCUGGCCCACGCGGGCCGCCAACCGCUCGCGGCCCGGCCCCCCGACAAACAGGACAGUCUGGCCGGGGCUGGGUCGUCUCUGCUAGCGCAGCCAAGUGCGGCUCUACAGAAGCUAGUUGGCUGUGGAUCCUUACAGUCCGAGGCAUGCGCAGUGUCAGCUUUCGAGCCCUCCCGAGUGGACCCCGAAGCCCUGAUGAAGUCUCCCGUCCUCACCUUUGUGCUAGCGAGGAGGGACUUGCACUCUUACAGGCAGAAAAUGGAUGCUGCUGUCAGAAUAAAUACUGUCAGACAGUACGCUUUUGAGGCUCUGAACUGGCUCCUCCGCUCAGCGACGCAGCCGACGUGCGUCCAUGACGUCAUGUGGUGGUUCUGUACGGCUCUAGACAAGUACGCGCGAAUCGUACCGCCGCCACUCGAGGCUAAACAGAACGCCCCAAAUAAGCCUCCAGGGCCGGGCACAGCUUCGGCCAGUGCCAUUUGUCCCGGGGGCCGGGCGUCCAGGGGAUCCCGGGCAGCAUUCCAUGCGUUCCUAGGUUCGGUCUCCGCGCUGGCUCCAUCCCUGCCGCCCGCCAGCGCCGCGGGGCUGCAAGCUGUGCGGUGCUGGGCACUGCAUUACUCGCCCGACGAUAGAGCUUUCUUGCAUAGGUCGCAAGUGUUCAGUGUCAUCAGCCGCAUCCUCUCGCACUCGGAUGACGCCUACGACGACGCAGCGCUUGCGCUGCAUGAUAGCUACCACAGCUUUCAUUCUAAGGAGACAUACGCGUGGGUCUGCCCAGAUGUGACCGGCUGGUGCGACAUCUCCGUCUCCUCGCGUCAAGGCAUGGCCGGCGCGCUCACAGAUGGCAGCACUGAGACGUUCUGGGAGUCUGGCGACGAGGACAGGAAUAAAGCCAAGUGGAUCCAGGUGGCCUAUAACGGUGGAACUGUUGAAGAUCGACCCCAUGUCGUCUGCGUUCACAUCGACAAUACUAGAGACACUGUGAACAAAACGUUGCUGAUCUCGUUCCUGUACGCGGGAGGGUCCAGUGAGAUGUUCCACAUGCAGGACAUUGAGGUGGACCCCAAGGCUGCCACGUGGCUCUGCUACACGUUACCAAGGCUAACAAGUCCGUCAGUGCGAGUGCGCUGCGAGCUGCGCGGGCCGGAGCCGGCCGUGCGCGUGCGCCAAGUGCGCGUGCUGGCGGCGCCCGCGCCCGCUCCUCCCGCCCCCGCCGGCCCCGCACACGUCCUUCACCGGCUGGCCGAGGGCGACACGCUGCGGGUGUUCCGGCUGCUGACAUCGCAGAUAUUCGGGAAACUAUUAGAAUGGGAGCAACGCAGCGGAAGCGAGUCAGGGGCUGAAGCUGCAGGGGGGGAGGAACCCGCGGCUGACGACAGCGACCUCCGCGAACACGUGGUCGGGAUCCUGUUCGCGGGACACAAGCUCACGUCUCUGCAGCGCCAGGUGAUGUCCCACAUCGUGCUGGCCAUCGGCUGCGAGGCGGGACGCGUGCGCGAUGACUGGGAGACGGCGCUGCUGUGCGCGGACGCCGAGCGGGCGAGCGAGCGCGCUUCCGAGCGAGCGAGCGAAGCGGUGCUCCACGCGCAGGACAACUACUGCUUUGAAAUGCUUUCUCUGCUACUGGCUCUAAGCGGCAGUGCGGUGGGGCGAGCGCACUUGGCCCAGCAGACCGAGCUGCUCGCCGAUCUACUGGCGCUGCUCCACACCGGCAGCGAGCGAGUGCAACGACAAGUAAUAUCGCUUCUUCGUCGCAUCAUAAGUGAAAUACCGCCGCAGAAAAUGUUUGCGGCUAUCAACUGCAAAAAUGACCCUAAUACCAGGGUCACGUUACUAGAUCACCUCGUAGCCUACCUCGGCAAGGCGAUAACUAUCCAAGUGAAGCUGAAGGGCAUCAGCCAAGCUGGGCAGACGACCUCGGCCACCAUGGCGUCCAGCAUAGCGUCCUCCCUUCCCAACACCUGGUUCAUGAGGGGGGAGACCACGAACAAACAUGCGCAGUUGGUCGCCAAACUGCUAUCCGAUAUGGCUGAGGACAAGUUGUCUCGAGGCUGGGGCCCAGAGACACGGGCCGCGCUGGCCAACUAUGUGGCCCAGGUGGGCCAGCUCAGCGAGGAGUCCCGCCAGCCGGCCAGGUGUUUGGCCUCUUCUGAUAUGUGGCUCGCGUUGGCCGCGCUUUGCAUCUGCGAGCAGGCCUACGUUGAUGUGGUAAACGGCGCAGUAGACGGUCGCGAUUCUCGGCGGGAAGUGCCGGAAGUGCGUCCGUUCUGCUCCAACCACGACGACGGCGCCACCAUCGCUGUGGUGGAAUGCCGAACUUGCGGCGCUUUGUGCGCAGAGUGCGACCGCUUCCUGCACCUCAACAGGAACGCCAGGACGCAUCAGCGACAGGUGUGCAAAGAGGAGGAGAGCGCGAUCCGCAUCGACAUCCACGAGGGCUGCGGGCGCGCGAAGCUGUUCUGGCUGCUGCUGCUGGUGGACCGGCGCACGCUGAAGGGCCUGGCGGAGUUCCGUGCGCUGGAGGAGGCCGACCCGCUGGCGGUGGCGGCGGGCGGCGGCGUCGCCGGCGUCUGCCGCUUCUGCGGAACCCGCGCCACUACUGGCCUGCUGGCUAUUGGCAACGUCUGCGCUGAUCAGCAGUGCCAGGAGCAUGGUCGCACGGCGUGCAACCGCGUGCUGAGCUGCGGGCACGCGUGCGGCGGCGUGCGCUGCGAGCCCACGUGCCUGCCGUGUCUGUUCGGCUGCGCCGGCGCGGACCUGAGGCAGGACGCCGACGACAUGUGCAUGAUCUGCUUCACCGACCCGCUGCAGGCAGCGCCCUCUAUACAGCUAAAAUGCGGCCACGUGUUCCACCUGCACUGCUGCAAGAAGGUCCUCGCCAACAAGUGGAUCGGACCCAGGAUCACCUUCUCCUUCGCGCAGUGUCCUAUAUGCAAGGAGGAUAUGGACCAUUGGACCUUAGAAGAACUGCUACAUCCAAUCAAGCGUCUGUACGACGAAGUGAAGCGGAAGGCUCUCAUGAGAUUGGAGUAUGAGGGCGUCGCGGCGCCGACCUCCGCUACCAAGCGACUGCCGCAAGAUUUGGCGGUGUACGCUAUGGAGAGAUACGCUUAUUAUGUGUGCCAUAAGUGUGAGAAGGCAUACUUCGGCGGGUUGGCCCGCUGCGAAGCGGAGACGAGUGGCUACUGGGAGCCGACGGAGCUGGUGUGCGGCGGCUGCAGCGACGUCGCCGGCGCACGCACCUGCCCCAAGCACGGCGCCGACUUCCUAGAGUACAAGUGUCGCUACUGCUGCUCCGUGGCGGUGUUCUUCUGUUUCGGCACGUCGCACUUCUGCAACGCUUGCCACGACGAUUUCCAACGGGUGACCAACAUCCCGCGACAUUUACUUCCGCAAUGCCCGGCUGGUCCCAAAGGCGAGCAACUACCGGGGUCCGCAGAAGAAUGUCCCCUCCACAUCCAACACCCGCCCACGGGGGAAGAGUUCGCGCUUGGCUGCGGUGUCUGUCGGCACACACAGGGUUUCUAAACGAACAUUGUAUACGAGGGUUAUCGCUUUUCGCUCACUAGGUGGCGCCAGCGGCGAGUGAGAUCCUGUUCACUAUAGGUGUCAUUUUAUAAAAGCCAACAUAAAUAUGCCUUGGACCUUACUAUACUAGCGCCUCCAGCGGAGGAUUCAAUCGCGUUAGCCUUCAUUGCAUCGAUACUAUCUACUAGUCACGCCGGUUUUCAGUUUGGAAUCUAUCGACAAACAUUUCGCCAAUUGAUUGCCAGUCUUUGCUUAUCCUUGCGGGAAACAGACGCGGGACACUUAUUGAUAAAAUUAAUAUUUCAUCAAACAAUGGAACAAAUAGAAACAGUUUAGUAAUCACCAAUUCCGGAUAAUAAGUAACUGCGCCUGUUUCCCGCAAGGAUAAGCAAGAUGUUAUUAUAAUCUGACAGUUUAACACCCAUAGGUACAGUCAUCAUAGGCCUGUAAUGAUUGGCCAGUUAGUCCUACCCAACACUUGUGAAAUACAGUUGUCAUGUUAUAUAUACUAUAUGUUACAUUAGACUAUCCGAUAAUUUAUCUUCAAGCGGUGAAACAGACCUAGUUUUAGUGGACAUAUCACUAAAUCCUAAUGUCAUCAUUGUUUCGCGACAGACGUAAGAUUCCAACGGUACACCAGUACUACAACUGAAAAUUCAAUUGAAAAAGUUCCGUAUUGCUGUUAUGAAUAGGCUUGUUGACAAUUUUUUUUCAUACCUGACCUAGGUAUGAAAACAAAUUGUUAAUAAACCCAAGCGGCCAUCACCAAAAGAAACACCAAACACAAGAUAAUUCAUUCGGCUGCGAUGGUUCAGUCCGGUUAAUUUCGCUAUUAGCUGUAUAUGACUUUCGUAUUAGACUUUUAUAUAUUAAUAUAAUACCAAAGGAAAAUCUGUUACAAAGGUCGCCUGCGUGGGUACCUCACACUCAUCUAUUUCAAGCGCCAAACAGCAGUGCUUGCAUUGUUGUGUUUCGGUUUGAAGGGUGAGAGAGACAGUUUAAUAACAGAAUACUAUUGCAUAAGACC